GGGCCCUGUUCAGCACCGAGUCAGCUGCUCAACGACACAAUCAUGCCAUCCGCCCAGACCUACGUCAAGGCCAUCUCAGCAGGCGCCUUUCUCUGCAUAGGUGGGCCGGCCCUCGUCUGGUACGUCACGCCGACAGAGGAAGAACUCUUCCAGAGGUACAGCCCUGAACUCCAGAAAAAGGCCCUCGCGGGAAGAGAGCAACGGCAAAAGGACUUUGACGCAUUCGUCACCCAACUCAAGGAGGCCUCGCGGUCAGACAAGCCCAUCUGGACGGCACAAAAGGAACUGGAUGCCAAGAGGUCAGAGAGGGAGCAGCAACUACGCAGAGACGAGCGUGACGCCUACGCUGCUGAGAGCAGGAGACGACAGGCAGAGAUCCGGUCAAGUGCCGAGUAACACAUGAUUUUCUGCUUGGCCCUUGUAUUUUUAAUGUAUCAUGAAUCUGCCUUUGAGGCCGCGUGUCAGUAGGAUGCUGGGCCCCGAUUUGCCGGCCUGGCAACGAAUCUAUACAUCUUGGCUCAGCUGCCUGUAGUCUGUGCAGCUGCAAGGUGGUGCCGUGUUGCCGAGUAUGACUUGUAUGGUGAG